ACCUUUUCAGCCACGAUCCUCGCCUGUGGCACAUAGUCUCUCAAGACUUUUCACUGUGUUACCAAGUACAAUUGUCCUCGUCAAGGAGGAGCAUCAGAACCGCGAGAUUAUAAGUUUGUAUUUGUUAUGAAUUUACAGAAUAAGAUACUGAUACCAAAAGGAAAUACACUCGAGAGUCCGAGACGGCUGAGCAGCAGGAAUAUGAGCGAGAAAUGCUCGAGAACCUCCGUCGACGACAUCAAUUCGAGUCUGAAGAGACUCUGAAGGAGCCCAGUCCUCCAGCAGACGGAAGUAGAGGUCUUUUCAAUUCCAACCACGCAUCAAAUCAAAGAUCAAAGACCGACCCUAAAAGCUUCUGGAACGAUGUGGUCAAGCCAGCGUUCCCUGAAGCCAUCACCGACAUUGGAAUCAUCAAGUCAGCAAUCACCAUCCAAUCAAAUACCAAGCAGGAUAUCCAUGACCAAAAUCGGUAUCCUGAGGUCGGACAUGUUGCCGAAGUCCGUCGGGGACUCAAUCUUGCACCACCCGAGCAACGAUUCUUGUCUGACAGAAAGGUGAAGGUUCGAAAUGCUUUCGCCAACUAUCUCGGUUUGAAUCCCGCAGAUGUCCAUCCGGAUGAUGUCCCAACUGUCGGCUUUGGAGGUAGCGGAGGUGGAUUCAGAGCCAUGAUUGGCGUGCUUGGAUACUCUGAAGAGAUGAAGCGAACUGGAUUAUGGGAUGCACUCACCUACGUUGCUGGCGUUUCAGGUGCAUGCUGGGCGUUCGCUGCUUAUUAUACAUUUGGCGAAGCGAGUAUGUCGAGAACAAUCGACAACUACAAGCAUCGACUGUCACCUCAUCAUCCUUUAUCAGCUGAUGCGAUUCGAAAAUUGCUCACGACUCAUGAUGGUCCAUAUGCCACACUUGCACCUGUGGCUAUCAAGCAACAUAGUGGUCUUCAUGCUGUGCCUAUGGACUAUUACUCCGUCUUCUUGACUGGGUACGUGUUCAUUCAUGCUGAUCAUGAGACUGGGAAAGAUGUUGCUGGACACCGACAUACUUGGUAUAAAUGGUCUCAGGCGAUCGAGCACCUACAAGGUGGAAAAGAGCCACUUCAUAUUCUCACAGCCAUCCGUCAUGAGCGACCGUGGAAGGAUUGGGUCGACAAAGACCAUGCUUUCGAGGGAGAUUUUGCUGAAGACGAAAAGGAUGAGAAAGACGCAUGGUUUCAAUGGUUCGAGAUGACUCCAUUUGAGAUUGGCUGCGACGAGCUUCAGGCCUGGGUACCAACGUGGGGUUUUGGAAGACCAUUUUCUGAGGGGAGGUCCACGAUGCAACUUCCGGAACAGUCACUGUCUCUGCUCUUGGGAUUGGCAACUGGAGCACCAGCUGGUCCCCUCGAAUCAUACCUCGCAACAAUCAAGCGAGCGCUUCCCCAGAACUUCAUUGGGAAUUUGAUUGAAGAACUUGCUUCCAAGGUUUCCAAACUUUGGGGUAAGAAAGGUACAGAGGAAUUCACGAAUCAUCAUCCACUUCAUGCAUCCAACGAGCACAACUUCCUCUUCCACUUUUCCAAGUUGCAGCCAGGACAAGCGUACCCUCCCGGACUGGAGAACUCUCCCCAAAUUCAUCUUGUUGAUGGUGGAAUGGACAAUAACUGCCCCACUUAUGUUCUGCUUCACCCAUCUCGAGAAGUGGAUGUAAUCUUGAACAUGGAUGCAUCCAGUGAUGUCCAAAAAGACACUUUCCAAGAACGAGUCGACCAGAUCGGCUAUCGUCGAGGCUUAAAAUUCACUCGUCGAACAGAUCUCAAGCCAAAAGAAGAUACAAAGGAUCCCGAUAGAUUCCAAGGUCACUAUGCCCAAAUCUACGACGGAGUUCUGUGUGAGCGUCCAGCUACAGUCAAGGAUUCAUAUGGAAACACCGUAACGAACCCCCCAGCCCCAGUCUGUCAUCACGAAUCUACCAUGGUAUACAUGCCUCUGCUACCUAAUGAGCGAGCGGUACCCGAUUUUGACCCUUCCACAGCCAAGUUCUCUGGCUCAUACAAUCUCGUCUGGACUCCAGAGCAGAUCGAUAUGUUGGUCAAAGUGAGCAUGCAGAACUUCCAUGACGGAGAACAGACUAUCAAGCAAGUACUUAUGGAAGCAUAUCAACGCAAGAAAGCUAUUCGAGAAGGAACUUGGACAGGUCAAGUUGGUCAAGCGCCCGUGUAUCAGCAUCCUCAGCAGGGCUACUCUACCUCCAGUUUCCAACAAUAUCAAACACAGCCUCCCGCUCAGAGACCAUCUGGUCCACCACCAGGCAUCGGGAGUCAGCAUCAGCAACAGAGUUACAGCCCUUACAGCCAGCCAUACAAUCCCUCUCGACCUCAGGAAACUCAGCUACCAAUGGGUCUGCCUCAGCAACUGAAUGUUUCACAGCCUCCUCCUCGGCAAUACUCGACGCAGCCUUCCGUCCAGAAUCAAGGCAAUCAAGGAAACUAUCAGAGCUAUCACCCCGAGGUACCCCCUCAAAGUUCGCAAACACAUUUGCCUCACUAUCAGCAACAAGGUCAGAGUCAACAAGAGCAGGUGCAGGAAAGGAUCGAUCCUGGACAAGGAGGAGCGCAAAGUGGUCUAAGUCAGGCACCCAGGAAUCAGUAUAAUCCUGCUGAUCCAAAAUGGCAAGGUCGAUGAGGGGCAGUGAUGAAGGGAGAUGGUCCUUCGCUAGGUGAACGAAGUGGCGCAACAGCAAGGUGAUUGUCAGCAAUCAGUAGAGUCCAAUCAAGCGUUUGUUUGUUUGCGUAGGAUAGCAACGCGAUGCAUAUUUUAGUAUUAGAAGAAUUGAAUCCUUUCGAAU